AGAGCAGGGUGUGGCCAGUGAUCCAGAUGGUCAGUCCCUGAAGGCCACCCUGUCCUGACUGGGGAGUUAAUCCCCACUCCCCACCAGGCAGGCUGGUCUGGUGGGCUGAGGGCGUGGAACACCGAGAGGCAACAGCCCAUCCGCCCGAGCUCCCAGUAGGCUGGGGAGGUGCUCCAGCUCCUGAGCUGUCAGGGCUCGCCGCCCCUCCCGACUUCACUUCCUCCCGCAGCCCCCGCAGCCUCGGAGGCUGCGGGAUCCCAGAGCCGGCAGCCAGCAGCCGCCACACCCUAGCUCAGCCGUGCGGGAGGUUCCAGCUGGACAGAGCAGCUUCCACACCUCAGGAUGACCUCACCCUCCAGCCCUCCGGCUUUCAGGCUGGAGACAUGCGAUGGAGGUGAAGAAGAUGGUGCUGAUAUGGACAAAGGAAAGCUGGGCCGCAGAGAUGGGCCACCCCCCAUGGAGUCACAUUUCCAGGAAGAGGAUCGGAACUUCUCCCCUCAGAUCAAAGUGAAUCUCAACUACCGCGGAAAGGGAGCAGGUGUCAGCCAGCCGGACCCAAACCGCUUUGACCGUGAUCGGCUCUUCAGCGUGGUUGCCAGGGGUGUCCCUGAGGAACUGGCUGGGCUACUAGAGUACCUUCGCCGCACCAGCAAGUAUCUUACCGACGACGUGUACACAGAGGGCUCCACAGGGAAGACGUGCCUGAUGAAGGCCGUGCUGAACCUUCGGGAUGGGGCCAAUGCCUGCAUCCUGCCGCUGCUGCAGAUCGACCAGGACUCUGGCAAUCCCAUGCCUCUGGUGAAUGCCCAGUGCACAGAUGAGUACUACCAAGGCCACAGUGCCCUGCACAUCGCCAUCGAGAAGAGGAGCCUGCAGUGUGUGGAGCUCCUGGUGGAGAAUGGUGCUGACGUGCAUGCCCGAGCCUGCGGCCACUUUUUUCAGAAGAAAAGCCAAGGGACUUGUUUCUAUUUUGGUGAGCUGCCCCUCUCUCUGGCUGCGUGCACCAUGCAAUGGGAUGUAGUGCGCUACCUCCUGAAGAACCAAAACCAGCCUGCCAGCCUGCAGGCCACUGACUCACUGGGCAACACGGUCCUGCAUGCCUUGGUGAUGAUCGCAGACAACUCGGCUGAGAAUAGUAAACUGGUGAUCCAGAUGUACGACAGCCUCCUCCAAGCUGGAGCCGACCUCUGCCCCACCGUGCAACUUGAGGACAUCUCCAACCUGCAGGGCCUCACGCCCCUGAAGCUGGCCGCCAAGGAGGGCAAAAUCGAGAUUUUCAGACACAUCCUGCAACGGGAGUUCUCGGGACAGUACCAGCCCCUUUCCCGCAAGUUCACCGAGUGGUGCUACGGGCCUGUGCGGGUGUCGCUGUACGACCUGGCCUCUGUGGACAGCUGGGAGGAGAACUCAGUGCUGGAGGUCAUCGCCUUUCAUUGCAGAAGCCCGCACCGACACCGAAUGGUGGUUUUGGAGCCGCUGAACAAACUGCUGCAGGCGAAAUGGGACUUGCUCAUCCCCAGAUUCUUCUUCAACUUCCUGUGUUACUUGAUCUACAUGUUCAUCUUCACCGCUAUUGCCUACCACCAGCCUGCCCUGGAGAAGGCCUUCCUCCCCAUGAAAGUGACAGCUGGAAACUCCAUGCUGUUGCUGGGCCAUAUCCUGAUCCUGUUUGGUGGCAUCUACCUCCUCAUGAGCCAGCUGUGGUACUUCUGGAGACGGCGUCUGUUCAUCUGGAUCUCGUUCAUGGACAGCUACUUUGAAAUCCUCUUUUUGGUCCAGGCCCUGCUCACAGUGCUGUCUCAGGUGCUGUGUUUCCUGGCCAUCGAGUGGUACCUGCCCCUGCUGGUGUCCUCACUGGUGCUGGGCUGGCUGAACCUGCUUUACUAUACACGUGGCUUCCAGCACACCGGCAUCUACAGCGUCAUGAUCCAGAAGGUCAUCCUGCGGGACCUGCUCCGCUUCCUUCUGGUCUACUUAGUCUUCCUCUUCGGCUUCGCUGUAGCCCUGGUGAGUCUGAGCCGUGAGGCCCGGGACCCUGGGGUCCCCACAAGCUCCAAUGCCACGGAGGCACUGCGGCUGCAGGCAGGACAGGAAGGUGAGGAGGACAGCUCGGCCCCAUACGGUGGCAUCCUGGACGCGUCCUUGGAGCUCUUUAAGUUCACCAUCGGCAUGGGCGAGCUGGCGUUCCAGGACCAGCUGCGCUUCCGCGGGGUGGUGCUGCUGCUGCUGCUGGCCUACGUGCUGCUCACCUACGUCCUGCUGCUCAACAUGCUUAUUGCCCUCAUGAGCGAGACUGUCAACAGCGUCUCCACUGACAGCUGGAGCAUCUGGAAGCUGCAGAAAGCCAUCUCUGUCCUGGAGAUGGAGAAUGGCUACUGGUGGUGCAAGAGGAAGAAGCAGCGGGCAGGUGUGAUGCUGAGAGUUGGCACCAGGCUGGACGGAAGCGCCGAUGAGCGUUGGUGCUUCAGGGUAGAGGAAGUGAACUGGGCUGCCUGGGAGAAGACGCUGCCUACGGUGUUUGAGGAGCCUUCAGGGCCAGGCAUCCCUGGCACCAUGAAGAACCCUGCCCAGCCCAGGGAGGACAGUGCCUUGGAGGAAGAUCAUCUGCCCCUCCGGCUUCUGGAGUCCCACUGAUGGCCCAGAUGCAGCAGGAGGCAGGCAGGACAGAAACAGGGAGUAUUUCCAGCCCUAUCUGAUGGCUCUGGCUCCAGGGAACGUUAGUGGCAAAUAUAAAUAAAUAUUUUCUCAUGACUGACUCUCCUGGAAACAUUAUUUGAACAAAGUUACCAUGCCCUUGGGCUGGUCAACAUCUGCAUGACUCUGUGGGCACAGCCUGUGUCUGGGCCUGGGCUGCUCCCGCUCUGGGCACAGGACAUCCUCACCUGCUGCCCCCAGCCUCAAGACUGUCGUCUUCCUGGGUGCAGGUAGCUGGCUGAGGUGCUGUGCCCGUUGUCAUGGCAGACAUGGUGGUGGACAUGGGCAAACACAACCACCUCUUCCACCUCCCCCACAGCCGCCAGACACCUCCAAGAUGUUUCUCCAAGCCUUUGAGCUCCUUGGCUUAGUUCAGACUCUGGAUUAUUGCCUUCUCUCCCCAUUGGGCUUCCUGCACAGUUUCCACCCCUGUAAGCCAUUCUCUGCAGGGCAGCCAGAGGGGCCUUCCUAAGAUACAAGAGAAGCAUGGUACGUCUGUGUUCUGAAGGCUUGAGAGGUGCCCCAGUGCUCACAGGAUGCACUAGCUGGCAUCCCCAGCCCUCUGCAGUUUUGCCCAAGCAUUUCCAGACACCUCUUCUCCCACACCCCUCCUGCCCCCCAUGUUGUGCUUGGCACUUUCAGUAAAUUCUUCAUGCAGGCUGAUGGACCUCCUGCAUGUCUGACCCCUUGACCUGGCUCUCGCUGGAAACCCCUUCUGCCAAUAAGAUCCUACAUUUAUUUCUAAGAUCAGCUCAAAAAAUGUCUCAUUAUAACUUUUCCUAUUUAUUCCAGUCAAAAUGAAUUGCUCUCCCUUAGGGUAAUGUGAGUUUAGAAAAUGUGUAUGCAUGGAUUGCAUUCUUUUUUUUUAAAGUGGGAAAGACCUGAGCAUGUUCAUAUGCUAAAAGGAAAGCAUUAGCAGGUUUCCACUGCUGGUGAGACAGGAGCACGGAUAGAGAAGCCUGGGUGAAUCAGAGGAGAAUGCUGGCUCGCUCCUUAGAGGUCAUUCUAAAGAGGAGGUGAGAGCUGUCAGAGCGCAAGGGUGGACAGACAGGCCCCGUGGAUAUUUUGGAAUAUUUGUGGGGAGAGAGCAGACUGGCAAUGUUUCUUACCCUGUUUCCCUGAAAAUAAGACCAGGUCUUUCAUUAAUUUUUCCUCCAAAAGACGCACUAGGGCUUAUGUUCUGGGGAUGUCAUCCUGAAAAAUCAUGCUAGGGCUUAUUUUCCGGUUAUAUCUUAUUUUCGGGGAAACACGGUAGAAUUAGGAGCAGCUACUGCCCAGCCAAGGCUCUGCAGGGUUUCCAAUACAUUAUCUCAUGUGAUUCUCAGAACAACCUUCUGUGGCGCCGGUAUCUCCUUUCCAGAUGAGCAACCGGAACCUCACAAAGAAUGAACAACUUGCUCAAGGUCACGCAGCGCAGCAAUCGCAGGGCCAGAACUUAAACACCCAGCAACCGCGGUCCAGCCCCUGCGCAGGCGCCCUGGCACCUCGCUGCGCGCCUGUGGCCCAGAAUUCCCGGGGCGAUGGAAGAGACCAUCAGCUGUACAGUAGGGGGAAACCUUGGGUGGCGUGAGCCUGUAUUGUUAAAUGGGGCGGAAGUUCCUGUGAGUCUCUGUCAGUAUCACCCUCCCUUCUGUGAAGAGUGGAAUGUUCCAACUCCUUAAGGGCCUGGGACACCGCAGAAGCAACCUUUUCAUUAAAGCUGUAAUGGAGGCCCGCCGCCCUCGCUGGAGCCUGAGGAACCCGAAGGCCGGGACCCCUUUCCCUGGGCUCGCCGUUAGGAGUGAGCAAACCCGAGAAAACGGGUCGCUGAAACCCCACCAGUUGAGUUGCGUGUAACUCCCAGAAUCUGCCCUAAAUGCACAUCCGUCUGACACUGCAGGUGGCAGACCCACUGCAGAGAAUCGAAGUCGGCAGCAUCCCACCCUGAGGUUGCAAGUUAGUGAGGGACCGGCAAGCAUUCAACAGCUGAGUAUUGGCGUGGGGAGCAUUGGCCUUCUGAGCGGUUCUGAGUGCUGAAGGAUAGUCAGUGCCGUUUCAGAGUUGGUGGUGGCAGCGGCUGCUCACCCUGAGAAAAGAGGCUAAUUUCCCAGAGAAUGGUCAGCUGUGCUGCCACAGGGGCAGAAUUUGAAGUCCCAAGUCACCAUCAACUUGGACUCUGAAAACCAAGGCUUCAAUUUUUGGUGUAGAAACAUGCUCACCUCGUGCUGAGUCUCAACAGGCCAUUCUUACCAACAUAGAGCUGAGAAAGGAACAUGGCAACCUUUUCUAGGACAGGCACUUCUGGUGUCAUUAAAUUCAUGAGCUUUCUAGUAUUAUCCCUUGCUCAAAAAGGAGCUCCUGUAUGUAAUGUACAUUUUAAUGUAUAAAUCUGUUAGAUUGGGCAAGGGUCUGAAUUCUUGAAGCUGGAAACAUUUCCAACUGAAAUUUCCAUGCAUUACCAUAAACUAACAUUGUAAUAAA